CACUAUGUAUGGAACGCAAGUGGCCAAAAUAGUGGAAAGUAGAAGUCUCAAGUUUCCCGUUGGGCAAUAUGUGCUAGGUCCGUUUGGCUGGAGAACGCAUACAGUAGUACCGGAAAAUGGACCAACGUAUGUCGGAAUGGAGACUUAUCUUUUGCCUGAUUUCCAAGGACUGCCCAUUUCGUUGGCUUUGGGAGUAUUAGGAAUGCCCGGAAAUACUGCAUUAUUUGGACUUUUGGAACUGUGCCAACCCAAAGCAGGCGAAACUGUAGUGGUGUCAGGGGCAGCAGGAGCUGUUGGAAGCCAUGCAGGCCAAAUCGCCAAAAUCAAAGGCUGCAUAGUGAUUGGCAUAGCAGGUUCCGACGAAAAAGGAAAAUGGCUCACCGAAGAGCUGGGAUUCGACUAUUUUAUAAACUACAAAACCCAAAACGUUGAGGAGGAAUUGAGGAAAGCGGCCCCUCAAGGAGUGGACUGCUACUAUGAUAAUGUCGGAGGAGAAAUUACAACUACUGUACUAAAUCAGAUGAAUGCUUUUGGACGAGUCGCCCUCAGUGGAUCGAUUUCCUCUUACAAUUCCAUCGGCCCUUUUAAAGUGACCACACCCAAUCUCACCAUUGUCCUGCAGCAACUGAAACUCGAAGGAUUUAUCGUUACCAGAUGGAACCACCGAUGGAUGGAAGGAAUUCAACAAAAUCUGCAGUGGAUCCAACAAGGAAAGCUCAAAUACCGAGAGACUGUGACCGAAGGUUUCGAGAAUAUCUUUAAGGCAUUCACUGAUAUGUUAGAAGGUGUUAAUGUGGGCAAAGCCAUUGUGAAGGUUUGAGUUAAUAAAAAGUAACAAAAA